GACAACUUCACUGGAUUUUGUGAAUCCUAGAGUGAGAGCAAUCCGAGUCUCCGAACAAACUUUAUUGGAGAGUCUCGCCCAUCAAAUCACUCAGGAUGUGACACAGGUAAGUGAAGCCGAUCUCAUGUUACGUACAUGCAGUGUGAAAUAAAUGUAAACCCGACAAGAGUCAGUUCUCAGGGACAGUGUUUUGAAAGAGAAUAUGUCAUUUUUUUCUCAUUCAUUUCAAUUGUUAUACAUUUUGCAACAAACAAGUGAACUUAUAGAGCUACAUAUGUGACUUGGUUUUCUGAUAGAAUUAACAGAAACAUUCUGAACUUUGCUUUUGACAGCAAAAUAAAUCAAAAAAAUGAAUGAAUUAACAAUGAUUUUGAUAAGUUAAGCUGACAAAUGAUGUGUUUUUGGCAGAAACCCUUUAAAGGUGUUAUUGAUGUCAGCUCAGGUGACCCUCACAGAACAGGGAUGAAGCCCAUCUCAUUUGUUCGGCAGGUUGGUUUGAAGAGGAGCCACAAAAUAAUGGGAUUUUUUUUUAUCCCAUAUUAUACAUAAAAUACAAUAAAAUAAAAUGGAUUUUGUGGUUUUUUCUUUAUUAUUUUUUUUAUUUUCAGGUUCUGGCAGUGUGUUUGUAUCCUCAUCUGCUUCAAGAUAACCCCUUCCCUCCGGAUGUCAAGCUAAGAGCGCAGAGGCUCCUUCAAAUCUGUGAAGGAGGAAGUUUGGGUGAUUUUUUUUUCUUUUUCAUUGUUAUGUUUGUCCACUCAAACUUUUAUUUGAGUGUAAAUACAUUUGUGAUUUACAGGCUCAUACACGGCCUCCUCUGGCCUGCAUCAUGUCAGGCAGACGAUCGCAGAUUUUAUCACCAAAAGAGACGCUGGUAUUUCUGCAAAUCCCAAGAAUGUCUUCAUCUCCUCUGGAGCUCAGAGGGCUUUAAUGGUGGUUGUAAAGCUGCUAUCCGGUGGAGAAGGGCUGACAAAAACAGGCAUCUUGGCCCCCCAGCCAUGUCCUCACACACUCCCUCCUUUGCUGGAUGAGGCCGGAGUGUUAGCGGUUCCGUACCGGCUGAUGGAGGACAGAGGAUGGGCUUUGGACCUGAACCAGCUGCGUCAAGCCCUAGAGUCCUACAGAGGGCGCUGUAAUCCCAGAGCUAUAUACAUCAGUAACCCAGGAAACCCCACAGGUCCACAGCACACUCACUGGGUCAUGAACUACUCCUUACUGCAGUCACUGCUCAUGCUGUUGAUCUCUUCAGGACACGUUCAGGACAGGAAGUCGAUACAGGAAGUGGUCCAGCUGGCCGCAGCGGAGAAACUCCUGCUGCUGGUCGAUGAGGUGUACCAGGACAGUGUGUACGGACAGAACACAGAGUUCCUCUCUUACAAGAGGGUUCUGUUUGAAAUGGGCCGAGAGUUCAGCGAGACGGUGGAGCUGGUUUCCUUCCACUCCUUAUCCUGUGCCUCUGUGGCCGAGUGUGGUCUGAGAGCAGGAUACAUGGAGGCAGUCAACAUGGACCCUGAUGUGCUGAAGGUGUUUGACACCAUGCUGUGCACUGACAUCAGUGCUCCCACCACUGGACAGCUUGCUCUGGAUCUCAUGCUGAACCCGCCUGAACCUGGAGACCCCUCAUACGACACACACGCGCAGGAGCUGCUCUUGACCCGGACCGUGUUGACCCGAAAUGCUGAGCGAGCUCUAGAGGUCCUGAAUGAUCUACCGGGGUUCAGCUGCCAGCCAGCGAUGGGUGGAAUAUACCUCUAUCCACGUGUACAGCUACCAGCUGAGAUCCGAGAGCAAGCUGAGAUGCUGGGUCUGGAAGCAGAUGUGUUUUACUGUCAGAAGUUACUGGAGGAAGAAGGUUUGCUUUUGGGUGCAGGACAGCCCAGUGGAGAAGCUGGCAGCCAUCAUCUUAGAUUGCGUGUGCUUGCUCCUGCGGAGGUCCUGGAGGACGCUCUGCAACGUCUCUCUGCUUUCCACCGUCGCCUCAUGGGGAAUCACAUGGACGCUGGCAGGGAUGGAAAAGGAGAGACAGGCCGCAUCUCUAAGAGUGGAGUCAUUUGUGUUGUUCAACCAACAACAGUCUGAUUAAAAAAAAAAAAUGUGGUUAUAUAAUAGUGAGUUGAUCAUCUACAUACCUCCUCUAUACCCUCCACAGUCACAGCAACCUCCAUCCUGAUCUGAUGAUUUAUUAACAGUUAGAAAAUAACAUCAAAGUGUAACAUAUUGUUAAGAUUAUAAACAUCUCCAGUUAAUCUGUGACAGAAAAGAGGUCAGUGAAUUAGUCUGAAGACACACACCUAAGUGUGAACUGAGACUUCCCCUUCAUAACCUCACCAGGGGCGGAGCUAAAGGGGGAAGAAGGAGGGUGAGCUGCUAUAUUAGUGACUAGAAUUUCUUUCAUCUAAUAGAAAUUCUUGGUAAUUUUUCUUCCACCAUUGUCAGAUUUGUUUCAUGUUGCGUAUUUAAAAAAAUAUCUGACAAUAAGGUUUUAAUGUCUGAUUUCUGUUUCUAUUGGUCAAAUUCAAAUUUUCAAUCUUGUUUUUCAUUCACUUUAAGCUGAUCCUGAUUUGACUCCAAAGGCCUCUUUUUCCAGUUUAAAAAUCCUCUAAAUUUAAUCUUUUCCAUUUUCCAAA